AAUAAAAAGAUUCAUACCAAUAAACAAUUGUUUUUACAUGUUAGCUUGUACCAUAAGUCUCAUCAACUGAUAAAAUAAAUUGAGGUCAAAUCUAAGAGCUUAUUUUUUAUCUCCUUAAGACGAAAAGAGAGGAUUAGAUUAGAUAGAGAGCGAACCUCGAUGAGCUCGAUAGAGAAAGCGGUGGAGGUGGUGGGUGUAGAGGAUGGAGAGUGGCGGCAGCGGCGGUUAGGGUCGAAGCAAGGGAGUGUGUUCCCAAAAGAGAGGAAGCUGGUGAAGACAAUAAUUAUGAAGAAUCUCUUUUCAUCUCGAUCUCCUUUAAAGUCCAAGCAGCAGGUACCAGAGCUUCCGAGGAACAAGCGCGUCUAGUCCACGCUCCGGUAGCUUUCAAAUGAUAUUUAAUAUUAUGGGUCUUCAUUAAUUAGACAAAUAAUUUUUCCGUUAAAGAGUAGAUCUUGUUAAAUUAGUCAUGUGUUUCGAAUUAAUGAUCUCUCUUUCUUGGAAAGAGUUUAUACUAGUCUUGAGGAUGAUUUGUGUGUGUGUGUGUGUGUGUUUUUUUGUUUUUUUUUUUACUGUAAGAAAAAUCGAUGUUUAUGUGUUAUUAGUUUCACUAAUCUCUUUGUAUAUGUAUAUUUCUCGUGUUGUACUGUUAAUAUAAGAUUUAUCAUUUACGAACAAUAAUGUUUAAUGAA